AUGGAAAGAAAUAGGUAUAUAGAUGUAUAUUCAUCAACCUACAUUCCGUCAGAGCGGAGUAAGCUCUUCACCCAAGUCUUGAAGGUAAUGUUAGAGGCGAUCACAGCUACUACCUUCGUGAUGUUAGACCGCCUGUUCUUCGAAGCCCUGGAUGUGGUCCGGCAAUAUAACAAUUCUGAACACUAUGGCUUGGGAGAUCUGGAUGUUCAGAUAGAAGGAAAAGGAUUCUUAGCAAAUAUGGUUCGAAAGAUUGUAACCGAGCUAAAUCUAGUAAAUACAACUGCGGUACUGGUGUCUAAUAAAGAGUGCGUGCCAAAGCCACACGCUAUGCACACAAGUUACUAUGUUAUAAUAUAUGGAGGUUAUAUGUGGAUCCUACUUCUGUUGUAUAUCAACCCUUAUACGUUGAGAUUAAGGAGUUUGUUUUACCCGCAACGGGAGAAACAAAGAAUAUUACACCUCUACAAUGACAUUCUAAAGAAACGCCUGAAGAUGCAAAAGACGUUACGCAGGAAAGCCGUGCAAGCUGUAAGGGCACACUAUCUCUCUGGAGAGAAUCUAGUCACGCUGAGGAUAAAAUUCCCACAAUUAUUGGGCUGGUUGGGCGCUGUGUCUCUCGCUAGAAUGAAGUGUCUCAUUUGUGAAGAAACCGAACCGAAACUCAAGUAUCUUGCUGAUAAAUCAUGGCACAACUGUUCGAGCACGAAGUGUCCGUUCGUUUACUGUGACGAGUGCUGGAGGGACGUGGGGUACGGAUGUUUGGCAUGUGAUCCUGCCCUCAACGAGCUUAGCGACAUUGAAUCGCUAAGCGACGACCAACCGCCAAGAUACUAA